AUGGAAGAGUCCGCGCCAAAACGGCGGAGAACGUCGCCACGACUUAGCGAUCAGCGCAAUGAUAACGAAUCGACGACUCCCCCGGAUCCUCCCCCACCACGAAGCUUGAUUCCCGUACCAAGGCGACCAUCCUUCGCGUCGCCCACCAGAUCUAGCCUUGCGCGUACAAACCCCGAUAUCCUUCGCAGAAGGAGUCUCAGUCCCUCGAAACCUGCCGGUGACAUUGCGACGCGAUCUACCCAAGAUGGGGCCGGUGAGGGGUCUUCAAGUCAGAUCGUGAGCCAGGAGCAGGCUGGGCGCUCGUUGGAGAGAAGACCCUCACGACCAAGGACGAGCUUGUUUGAGCAAACUUCAACUGAAUCUCCGCUUGGCUCUCCUGCUAGACGAUUGCCAAGUUCUUCAAGGCUCAGCGGAGCACUGGCGUCUAGACCGCGCCGGUCAUCUGGGAAGCCCAUUCCCAGACCCUUGCCUGAACCUGGGCCAGAGGAAGAAGAGAUAAAUCCCUUUGCUCGUCGCGGUCUCCGUCGCUCACCUCCAGCCGGCGUCAUUCCUCAAAGACCUUCCGAGCCUGAACCUGAACCCGAAGCGGAACCCGAACUGCCCCCAACACCGACACAGAGGGGUCAAGCUGACCCAGUUGUCACAACACCACCCUUGGGUAUCCAUGAUACUCCUUCAAAACGAAAGCGGCGCACCGCGUCGCCAUCCAAGAGCUCACCGCUAAAACAACCUCCUUUGCGACCGCCAGAGUUCUCCCAGAAGGCUAAAGACCCUUCGAAGAAAGCCAGGCCUCCCGUUACGCGAGAUCAGAGCCCUAGUAAGACGACCAGAAAAACGAGGCCACAAAAGGGUCCUGCGGGAACUCACGAGGCUCGACAAAUACCUGCACCAGAUCCCAAUGCUGGACUAAAGGAGACGAGAGACGCGCUGCAAGCAGAGAUUGCCAAGCUGGAGGCCGACUUACAGCUUGCUACCGAGGAAAACGAGCGCAUUCGGCGUGUGCAGUCUCUUAGAUCUGGAGUCGACGAGUCUACGAUACCCGCCUCACGUCGCCAGCAGCUCCUUGACCUGCUACAUCGCCAUCUUGUGCCUCCUGAGAAGGAGAACAAGCAGGAUGCAUCUCAGGAAUGGUUCGACCUAGCUAUGAACCCUACUUCCUGGCUGUCAUUCGCGUCUCUUGGACAGACCCAACCUUUCACAUCAAAACAGCAAGAAGAGGAGCUUCCAGCCCCGGUCUCGCAUCACCCGAUAAAGAUGACAGCUAUCGAGGAGCUUCCAUAUCUGCAAGCUUUUACCCCUUUUGAAUUCUCGGGAAAUACAAACAUACUCCCACGCGAGAAUGAAGAGGACCCCCUGUUGCGGAAACACAACAUCGUUAUCAGAUCAGCUCAUCCUGCAGGACUAUUCAUGGCUAAGAUCGAGAUGACUGUUGACACUGAAAAACUCCAAAUUAGAGAUCUCAGCGUGCCCCGCCUGGACCCCGCAGCAGUUGCUGAACUCGGGCCAUUCAUUGAGAAACUGACCAAAAGCGGUUCCAACAUCCACAUGAAGCGAAAUGUAAGCAUCGUGACCUGGGCUAUGGCUGAAUGGUACCGCACUGCCGUCGAGCGCGCAAAAGUCUGGCACGUGCUGGAAAUUGAGCUUGCAGACAAGGAGAAGCUGGCAGAGAGCGUCGCUAAGAUCCGGACGCGGCGAAAGAAGCGCAGGAGAAAGGAUGAUGCGGAUUCAGAGAACCCUGACACAGACGGUGUACCGGGAGAGAAGGACCACGCAGAAACCCUCACUCGCUCGGCAUUACUCCCUCAUCUUGGAAGGACGACAUACGAGAUCCCAAUUCCAGAUGCCGUGGACGAGGAAACGUCGUGUUUGAGGAUACAGUGGAGAAUAGAUUUCGACUGGACAGGCGAGGCGCAGAGCAAAGUUGGCUUGAUGAUUGGAGUACCCGGUAGAUGGCGUCAAGGCGAUGAGCGCGGGUCAUUGGCAGCAGCAGCCAAAGUGUUUGAAAAGCUCGUCCAAGGUAGCGAAGGGCCAAUGACGGCUGUACGGACUGUUGUCGCAUUGCUGGCUGGAGAUAUGUCAUCUUGA